AUGGCCUCCAACACCACCAUCGACUUUCACCACCCCUACACACCCUACGAUGUCCAGCUCAACUUCAUGCGCACAGUCUACGACGUCCUCGAAAGGGGCAACGGACAAGUUGGCAUCCUCGAAAGCCCAACCGGCACGGGAAAAUCCCUCUCCCUCAUCUGCGCCACCCUCACCUGGCUGCGCGCCCACAAGCGCGCCCGCUACGAGGCCUCCUUCGACGCCACCGCCGCCGGCAUGCGCGACGAGCCCGAGUGGAUGGUGCAGGCCCGCGCUGCGGCGCAAGCGCGAGGAACUGGGGCGGCGGUGGGAGGAGCGCGAGAGGGCGAUGGAGAGGGUGAGGGUGAGGGAACUGGACUGACGCAGUUCAUCUCAGAAUUGCGUCGUCCGGCAUUUCCUCCCUCAAUACCCACCGAGAUGUUGUCCUCGAAUGAGAAGGAUGAGGAGCAACCGACCACAGAAACAGUCAAACAACUUCCGCUAUCCUCCAGGCAGAAGCUGUGCAUUAACCCCUCAGUCGUGCGACUCGGCUCAUUAUCCGCCAUCAAUGACCGAUGUACGGAGUUGCAGCAGUCAAAAACCAAAGACAAAUGCUCCUUCAUGCCCAACACGGAAAAUCUAAAGCAGGCCCAUGACUUCCGGGAUGCAGCUCUGGCGACCGUCCCAGACAUCGAAGACUUGCACAGAAUUGGCAAAGAGUUGCAGGUCUGCCCCUAUUAUGCCUCGCGGACUGCUAUUCCAGGGGCUGAAGUGAUCACACUACCCUAUCCGCUGCUUCUUCAAAAGAACGCAAGAGAUGCGCUUGGAAUCAAGUUGGAGGGAAAUGUUGUCAUCAUCGAUGAAGCUCACAAUGUUAUGGAUGCCGUUGCAAACGUCUAUGCCGCUGAAAUCUGCUUGAGCGAGCUUAGGCGGGCGAGGCAGAUGUUGAGUAUCUAUGUCAAGCGGUUCGGGAAGAAGCUAAAAGGAGAGAACCGUGUUAUGAUUGCGCAGGUGGGCAAGGUCGUUGAGUCACUGAGUGCGUGCUUAAACGAACAACUCAACAUCAAGGGCGACCAAGGUAUCGUCGACCCGAACACGGUUUUGAAGGCCCGUGGCGCAGACCAGAUAAACUUAUACCAACUCAUUAAGUACAUUCAAGACUCCAAGUUGGCAUACAAAAUCGAGAGUUAUGUCAGUCACGCGGAAAAUCAAGAGGAAUCCUCGUCCUCAGCCCACGGGAAACCCUCGCCAUCAACACCCGUUCUCCAUACUCUUGUUUCUUUCCUCACUGCACUAACAAACCUAAGCUCCGAAGGCCGGAUAUUUUCAGAAAAGCUUGCCACCACACCGCCAGACAUCAAACUUUCGUACCUCCUUUUAUCGCCCACGAACGCCUUUUCAUCCAUCGCAUCGUCCGCUAGGGCUGUCAUCCUAGCAGGCGGAACGAUGUCACCGUUCGAGGAUUACAAAGCUCACCUCUUUCCGAGUUUCCCAACGGACAAGAUUACGACGCUAAGCUGCGGGCACGUUAUUCCAUCUUCUAACCUAUUCGGCUGGACACUCGCUUCAACAACCCCCACCACGCCGGGCACAACCAACGCGGAUUCAUUUGAAUUCAGUUUCCAGAAACGACGAGAACCGGGCAUGAUUCGCCAACUUGGCCUCGCGCUCCUCAACAUCUGCUCCGUGGUCCCUGACGGCGUGGUCGUCUUCUUCCCCAGCCACGGAUACCUCGACGAGGUCGUCGCCGCUUGGCAGACACAAGAAACACCCACCCAACCACCACUCUGGGACCGCCUCGCCGGCAAGAAGGCCGUCUUCCGGGAAACCAAAGGCGGCGUCAGCGAGGACGUGCUGCAGCAGUACAGCGACGCCAUCUUGUUCCCCGCAGCAGCAGCAGCACCACCAUCACUUGGGGGAUCCCAGCAGGCUGCAACCAAACCACGGCGCCCGGGCGGCGCGCUGCUCCUCAGUGUCGUCGGCGGCAAGCUGUCCGAGGGUAUCAACUUCUCGGACCGCCUCGGCCGGUGCGUGGUGGUCGUGGGCCUGCCGUACGCCAAUAUCAACUCGCCGGAUUGGAAGGCGCGGCUGGAGUACAUCGAGGCGACGGAGAUGGAGCGCUUGAUGGAGGGUGAGGGAAAGGGGAAGGGGGAGGGUGGUGUUGGCGGCGCCCCGCCGCGUGGGGAAGCAGAGGCCCGGGCUUUGGCCAAGCAGGCCGCGAGGGACUUCUACGAGAACGCGUGUAUGAGGGCGGUGAACCAGAGUAUUGGGCGGGCGAUACGGCACCGCGCGGACUAUGCGGCUGUGGUGCUGGUUGACCGGCGGUUUGCGACGGAGAGGAUCAAAGGGAAGCUGCCGGGUUGGAUUAGGGCGGGGAUGGAGGAGGGCGCUGGGGGGUUGCCGGGGCUGUUGGGGGGGUUGGACGCGAGCGAGACUACCUACUUGGGAGGUGUGUUAGCAUGUCAUCCAAUGGCAACCCUGUAUCUCACCCCAAGCAAGCGCCGCUCGCGGAAGGCGGCCAGUCUGUGCGGCUUUUCGUUUCCAGUUACGGUGGGUGGAGACACGGAAGACGGAUGGACGGCUGGGGACGGGUCGGGAUCAGCAUGGAAGCUUUCUAGAACUUCAGGUGCCGGAGAAGAUCGGAGAUACAGUGCCGUUGUCGAGAGAGAGUCGUCGUCCAUUGUCCAGUUGGAAUCGCGGUCUCCCCCCAUUCUACUGCAAGCCGUUCUCCUCCUCCGGCCAUCCCCGACAGCAUCAACUUCUCCCCACCUCCCCGAUGCCAAGCGAUCCCGGUUUGCUGCGGAUGGUGGAUCGGUCGAGCCAGUCAUCGCCGGCGCAAUGACGAGUUGGACCAGGGACAUGACCCGCCAAGAAGUCGUACCGAAGGAAUCCUGGGGAAGCCCCCUUGGCAACCCGAACCUGACGAGUCUAGCUCUGCGGAGACACCCUCCCGAGAUCACAUGA